AUGCAAGUCAGAAACCAUUGUCUCAAUGGGCUAGGUAUCUCUGUAGCCAGAAUAGAUUUUGCUAUAAAUGGAAGUGUACCAAUGCACAUUCAUCCAGAUGCAACCCAAUUGGUAAUUAUUGUUGAAGGUGUCGUUACUGUUGGAUUUAUCACACCAACAAAUGUUUAUCAGAAAACUCUUAAUGCUGGUGAUGCUUUUGUUUUUCCAAUAGGAUUAUUGCAUUUUGCAGUUAACUCUGGUCCUGGAAAAGCUAUUGUCUUUUCUGCUUUUAGUAGCGACAAUCCUAACUUGCAUAUACUCACUGUCUUACUAUUUGGUAACAAUUUAGCAACGCGCACAAUUGAAAAGACUGCUCUCCUUGAAAGAGCUCAAAUUAUGAAGCUUAAGGCUCAGUUUGGUGGUAGGGGCUAG